AAGAGAUAUAGUUAUCUUAGCUGAGUACUGCUGUGACACUCCAUGCUUAGUGAGAACAGAAAGGGGAGCUCAGAGAGAUGCUUUCAAAUACUGUAUGUGUGAAUUUGCAGCACUUCGGGAAGGGCGUGAGCAGUUGUGGUUUCCUCUGAAGUUACAUCGUUUAGGCACACCAAGUAGAUGCUACAUGAAUCAUGAAGAUACUAUGGUGGGCCACUGAGAAGUCAGUGGUGUGAUGGCAAGUGCAACAUGGUGUGGAGCUGACUGACCUAACUGCAAUUUAAUGGUGUUAAGAUGCCCCUACAGAGACUCAUCCCCUGUCUGGCCUGUCUUGCCCUCAGCCUGAUUUGGGAUGUUCUGCUGCCAGCCGCUAAGCAUGGCCACUGCCAGCUGGCACAGCAGGCUGCCCUGUGUAUAGGACUUCAGCUCUCAUCUGUACCUGCAGACCUGCCAGAAAACAUAAAGGAUCUCCAGCUAGAUCACAAUGCCAUCAGCGUGCUGAGAAACACGUCCCUCUCCCGCUAUCAUCACCUCGAAGUCCUGAGUUGUGCCAGCUGCCACUUGGAAACCAUUGAGUCAUAUGCCUUCCAUAAUGCCCUUAACAUAGAGAACCUCAACCUUGCAAAAAACUAUAUUCACACCAGGUACCAGCAGACCAGUCAGGCCCUAUGGCAUCUAGCCCGCCUAAAGGUCUUGGACCUUUCUGAAAAUGGACUGACAGAAAACAUGGUGGCUUUCCUCCUGUGUAACAUGUCUUCUCUUGAGCGCCUCUCUCUCUCUGGGAAUAUCAUGUUGAGGCUGGACCAGACUAUCUUCCGUGAUCUACGCCGGCUGGAAGAGCUAAACCUUGAGAGGAAUGCACUCUAUGAAAUUGAGGUAGAGGCAUUCAAUAGUCUGCAGGGUCUGAAAAGGCUCAGUCUGGCCUUCAACAACCUGCAAUGCCUGAUGAACUUUCGGCUCACUCAGCUGUUGGUGCUGAACGCCAGCUACAACAACCUGGAGUGGUUCAUCUCUGACCAGGAUAUUAAAGAACCUUUCCAAUUACAAACCCUGGACCUCCGGGACAACAGGCUUUUCUUCUUCCCCUUCCUGCCCACCAUAAGCCAUGUCCACACUCUGCUCUUGUCUGACAACAAGAUUGGCUUUUACCAGCACCUUGCCAAUGUUGGUUCCUUGAACUGGACAACCCACGUGCAGUUUUUCAAUCUGAAUGGUAACAUGAGCAAUAUCACAGUUGAGCUUUGGGAUGAGACUCUCCAUGGGGAUAUCACCUCAGUGGAGCUGCUGGACCUGACUGGGAACCAUGUGGCUAACAUCCCCCAUGGCUUUCUGGGUAAGAUGCCAAAGUUAUUGAGGUUGAAGCUAGGGAGAAACUGCUUGGAGUCACUGGACUUGAAAGAGCUCUCUGCCUCCCUGUAUGAGCUAGACUUGAGCAGCAACAGGCUGACCACGCUCUCAGCCAACCAAACCACCCUGAAUGCGCUUGCCUCUUUGGCUCAUCUUAACCUGAGCCGAAAUGGUCUUCAGAGUCUCCCACCAAGACUGUUUGUAAGUUUCUCCAGUCUUACCACAGUUGACCUUAGUUACAACCAGGUGGGUAUUUGUUCCUCAGAGGAGUUAGACUCAUGCACAGAUGACUGUGGCUGUGUCAUUUGGACAGGUGUCAGCUCACUGAAACAGCUGUACCUAAGAGGGUGCAGCCUGAGGCAGGUACCACCCACUGCUUUCAAUGGGACACCUAUAACACACCUUGAACUUUCAGACAACCCAGGAAUAUUUCUGAGCCACAAAUCUUUAGCUAGCCUGAAUGGAACACUGCAGCAACUGGGCCUUGGGAACACCAAGACUCAAACCUUUGACUUCACCCCGUUCAUUCACUUGAGGUCUCUUGAUCUUUCCAGGAAUUCCUUGUCCUACCUCCCAGAUAUCCCGCAUCUGAGGUGGUUGGAUUUGAGGGAAAACAGCCUGACCACCAUCCCCCUUCAACAGGCUGAGACUCUAAGCAGCAGUCUGCAGACCCUCUUCAUUGGGAGAAACCCAUUCAAUUGCUGUGAUGUGGACUGGUACAAGAUGUUGGGGGAGGUGAAUACUGUGAAUAUCAUGGACUGGUCUGAUGUGACAUGUUUGCAUGCUGUUCAUGGGACACACAGGAUGGACCGUCUAAGUAGCAACUUGUGCAGAAUCAAUGAUGAAGAACCAAGCUGGUGGUAUCUUGUUGUCCUCCUGGUUGCUUGUCUCUGUUUUGUGGGCAUUGCCAUUAUUACACUGACCUUCAGGUCCAGCCAGGUUCCAGGGCUGAGAAAUGAAAGAUGUCUGAAGCCCACCUCAUAUUAACAAUGUUGCUAAAUAAAGACACAGCAUCAUAAUGA